UUGAAGCAGAGCAUGCAUUUUUAGCAUUGUUCUUCAUUUUGCUCAAAGUGGAAAUUAAACUGCUUGAGUGCUUCUAGUUCCAAAAGUUUUGAAUAUGAGUAUUGAAAGUGUAGCUCAAUACAUGGAAGAGGAGUCAGAAGAAAAAGUCAUGGAUGUUGCAGAGGAGACACAAGUAGAAGAAGGCACGGAGAUGAAAGAGGAGAAGACAAGUGUGGCGGUGACGGUAAUGGUGACAGAUCCUGAAAAAGGCACAGGAGGGAAUGGUGGUGGCGGCAACGGUGGUGGUGGUGGAUCAGGUGCCUUGAUGUCGAAGAAAGAGAAGUGGUGGUGCAAGGUUUUGUUGGGGAUGAGGAUUUCUGCUUUAAUUUUGUGUUUGAAAGCUUUUGCAGUGUUGGCUGCAGAUAAUCAAAAUGUUGUUGUUCCGCGGUCAGUGCACUUGUACUACGUAAUGGUUGUGGAAGCAUUCCGCUGGAAGGACUACAAUGAAUUCAAAUAUAUCGUUGCAGUAAAUGUGAUCGGGUUUCUGUAUUCUGGGCUGCAAAUAAGUGAGUUGGUGAAGUACUUAAUCACUAAAAAACACACAGUAAACCCUAGGAUAAGGGGUUACUUCAGUGUAAUAAUGGACCAGGGCUUGGCAUAUCUUCUAAUGUCAGCAUCAUCAUCAGCCGCCAGUACAAUCCAUAUUUACAGAAGCUAUUGGACUGGAGAAGGUGCACACACAUUCACAGACAUGGCGAGUGCAGCCGUUGCUUUGUCCUUCCUGGCAUUCCUGGCUUUUGCCUCAGCAUCUAUUGUCUCUGGUCUCAUCCUUUGUAGGUUUUCUGGCCGACCUGAAUGACCAUAAGUGAUAAGACACUACCACCUUGGUCAGCUUAGAGGAUUCACAGCCAAGUGAACAUUGUGCGAGUGACGACCGAAACGAGUUUCUAUCUCAUCCAACCACUAGUUGUGCGGAGGAUAGCACUCGUUAUGCAUUACAAUAAGUAAUUUGAAACUUUUGCACUAAUGUUUAGGAUGCAACUAAAUUUCUCUUUCUUGUCUUUUCGUGAUUUCUAGUUUCUCUGUUCUAACAUAUUCAGACAAUUAUCAACUUGUCUAGUUUUAAAUAUCAUAAUUCAUGCAGCGUACUUGGUCUUAAUGAGUGAGAUUGGAAAUGAAUUAAUCAUUGAUGAAUUUCAUCAUUUCCGGAGUAGCAAGUGCUCAAGUUUACAGAAAAAAGAUUGGUUUCUGAAGGAAAAUUAUGUUUUUGAUCAGUGGCGCUACACAAUUUAAAGCAUGAUAACUCUAGAAGCUACCCUUUGUAAUCUAUCACCAGAAGUGUUUAUUAUGGA